CACACACACACACACACACACACACACACACACAAUCUCCCGUUUGACAAUUUUCCUGAUGGGAAAACCGAAUAAUGAUGCAGCUUGAGGCUGUAUGUAUAGAACAAGUCCAAGUCAUCAGACAGGAAGCAGACAUAUCACAAGAGUAUGUGGGACACCAUCACUCAGCUUUUCCCACACAGGCUGUUUCUCAUUAACUACUUUCCUUGGACCCAGUACCUCAGGUUUUGUCAACUUAAAUACUAAAAAUGUCUAAUACUAAUGUCUGUGGUGAGGGGGCGGGAGGAGGGGGGGACUCUUGUGGAACAGGUCCUCUUCAGUGUCCCCUGAAUGACCCAGGAACAGAGGCAGCGCAGGCAAGCUGGUCCUCAGGAAGGUUAUUCUACACUCCCCCCACCUGAAUAUUCAUACAGGUUCCCUGCAUACUGUGUGCAGGAAGUUGUGAACUUACUGAACCUGGGAAACUACAUAGUAAGGAAUGGUGAGAGAAAGGCGGGGUCAGGGCUAGCCAAUGACAGGAGGCAGGGAAACCACAUGGUAAGGAAAGGCAAGAGAAAGGCGGGGUCAGGGCUAGCCAAUGACAGGAGGCAGGGAAACCACAUGGUAAGGAAAGGCAAGAGAAAGGCGGGGUCAGUGCUAGCCAAAGACAGGAGGCAGGGAAACCACAUGGUAAGGAAAGGCAAGAGAAAGGCGGGGUCAGUGCUAGCCAAAGACAGGAGGCAGGGAAACCACAUGGUAAGGAAAGGCAAGAGAAAGGCGGGGUCAGUGCUAGCCAAAGACAGGAGGCAGGGAAACCACAUGGUAAGGAAAGGCAAGAGAAAGGCGGGGUCAGUGCUAGCCAAAGACAGGAGGCAGGGAAACCACAUGGUAAGGAAAGGCAAGAGAAAGGCGGGGUCAGUGCUAGCCAAAGACAGGAGGCAGGGAAACCACAUGGUAAGGAAAGGCAAAAGAAUGGCGAGGUCAGUGCUAGCCAAAGACAGGAGGCAGGGAAACCACAUGGUAAGGAAAGGCAAAAGAAUGGCGAGGUCAGGGCUAGCCAAAGAGAGGAGGCAGGGAAACCAAAUGGUAAGGAAAGGCAAGAGAAAGGCGGGGUCAGGGCUAGCCAAAGACAGGAGGCAGGGAAACCACAUGGUAAGGAAAGGCAAGAGAAAGGCGGGGUCAGUGCUAGCCAAAGACAGGAGGCAGGAUGCUGGGUUGAGAGUCCAUCGAGUCACAUGGCUAGAAGCCAGCUGGCGGCUUCCACGCAGCCCGGUGCAAUGUUCCCAACCACACCUGUGCCAUCUGCACCGACAAAUGGAAAGUCUGCCUUUGAAAGGGCCUCAACAGCCGAAAUAUGUCUAUUCUCAGAUCUUACUGAAGGGAGCCUAAUCUGUCCACUUACCGCAAGUACUGCAGGAAAACAAAUGCCUCUUCAGAGAAGUUAAAAACCGAAUUACGGAAAGCAAAGAACAGCCUGGAAUGUGUCUGGGGAUCAGGUCUUGCAA